AUUUGUUAAAACUGCAAAUUAAUUUUCGUGCAGAUGCUUUCUUCUGGGUUACCAGAACUAAGUGGGGUGCAGGACUUGAAGUACGUCCAGGAUGCUCUUCAGCCUCAAACAACAGAUGCAGAAGCUACCAUUUUCUUUACAAGGUUGAUUGAAUCCAGUCUGGGAAGUGUUGCCACAAAGUUUAACUUCUUUAUUCAUAAUUUGGCUCAGCUGCGUUUCUCAGGACUGCCUUCUAAUGAUGAGCCCAUCCUCUCAUUUUCUGCUAAAACAUAUUCUCUUAAACAAGAUGGCCGCAUCAAACAAGUGUCUGUGUUUACAUAUCAGAAGAGAUAUAAUCCAGAUAAGCAUUAUAUAUAUGUGGUGAGAGUUUUGAGAGAAGGACAAGCUGAGCCAACUUUUGUUUUCCGAACAUUUGAUGAGUUCCAAGAGCUCCACAACAAACUUGGCAUUCUUUUUCCACUUUGGAAGUUACCAGGCUUUCCUAAUAAGAUGGUUCUGGGAAGAACACACAUAAAAGACGUAGCUGCUAAAAGAAAAGUGGAGCUGAACAGCUACAUACAGAGUCUGAUGAACAGUUCUCCAGAGGUGGCAGAAUGUGAUCUUGUCUAUACAUUUUUCCAUCCAUUGCUUCGUGAUGACAAAGUGGAAGGAAUAGAUGGAAUAGCCAGGUCUACAGACGCAAGUCCAUCUAGUCCUACCUCAGGCAAAGUGGGUGGAGAAGUGAAGCUAUCCAUAUCAUAUAGAAAUAGCACUCUGUUUAUCAUGGUGAUGCACAUCAAAGAUCUGGUUACAGAAGAUGGUGCAGAUCCAAAUCCCUAUGUAAAAACAUACUUAUUGCCAGACACGCACAAAACAUCCAAACGCAAAACCAAAAUCUCCCGGAAGACAAGAAAUCCAACUUUCAACGAAAUGCUUGUGUACAGUGGAUAUAGCGUGGAAACUCUGAAACAGAGAGAACUUCAGUUGAGUGUGCUCAGUGCGGAAUCAUUACGUGAGAACUUCUUCCUGGGUGGAAUUACACUCUCUCUGAAGGACUUCAACUUAAGCAAGGAGACUGUUAAUUGGUAUCGACUAACUGCUGUACCCUAUCUAUGAACUCAUUUCUACACCUGAGUAAGAAUGGAACAGUUGCAUUCAUUUGUGCUUUGUGCAUCUUCUGACUUGAAAAUAACUUGUGCAUCUUAAAAAUAAGAGACUCUGCAUUUCAACAGAUAAAUUGGACCAACCUUCGUGUAGCCUAAUUUUGGAGGAUUUCUAGAAAAAAUUGCUGGAUUACUCUUAUGCAAUGUUAUCAAAGCAUUAUUUUGAACCUUUCUUAAGAGCUGCAGGUAAAGGAAGGGGAUUUUAAACCAUCCGUGACAAUACGAUGAACAGUUUGACUAUAGUGGUUGCUUAAACCAUAACUUAAUCAUUAGGCCUGUGGAUAUAACACAUUUUUGCUUUAUAAUUUUUGUUUUAUAUCAUCCAUGGCGUGAUGCUGGAGGAUAUUAAAGAAACUACAUAUUUUUAGGACUACUCUCAUGCUAGUAUCUAGAUACUAGAUAUCACAGAGGCUGUGAUGGGUAAAAGUUUUGGUGGCUUCACACAUGCCUGUACAAAUGAAGGUUGAAGGGCUGGAAAAAAUCCUUAGCAUUGCAUUUACUCCCAGAUGAGUGCAUCUCUAUGAUUUAUUGGAGUGAGUGCCAAUAAUGGAAUUUGUAAAUAAUGGUGCCUUAAUUCAAAUGCUUCUCUUUACCUCACUUCUGGUAUUUAAAUAUGUAUACGUGUUAACUUUCUGCUCCUCAAAGAAGGAAAACGUUCUCAUAUUUGAUAACCUGCAGGUCCUACUGGGAGGCUUCUUCUGAGAUGUGUGCAUUACAAAUGACAUUGCUUAUGCUGAUCUUCAUAAUUAGUGCAACUUAUGAUAAAUACUUGUAACCCCUCUUCUAUCCAUGAUCUCCAAAAGGUGAAUUAAGACUGGCUAAAUGUGAUGCCAUAGGAAAUGCAUCCAGCUUUUCAGUGUUUUGACACACUCAAAUUUCUAGAAUGACAAUAGUGCAGUGGAUUAAAUGUAGAACAGAUUCAGAUAGUAAAUUAAAGAGGCACUUACUCCUAAUUUACUUACCUGUACCUCCAGGAUAACGAUUGCCACUAGGCAAAAAGCACAACUGCUGGAUAAAUUGCAGACCAGCUGCAUUAACAGAACUUUCUGAGAGACAAAUUUCAUUGCACUUUUCUUUCUUCUUUUGUUGACAGCAUCACUGAUUCUAAAUUCUAAUUCCACUUUAAAAACAAAGCAAAACAAACUUCAUUCCAAGCAGCAUUGAAAUAUACUGUGAUAGUGGGGUACAGAUAUUGUCUCCUGUUAAUUAAUACCCUGGGUUACUUAAAUAGGUCACUUCUGCACUGCAGGUAUGGAAUCCUUGUUCACCUUUACUCAGUGUGGAGUGGUCGUAUUUUGUCUAGACAAAGCAAUAGAGUUAAGUUGCACACUUCAGUAGUAAAAUAUCGAUGCAUAUUUUGAGAAAGGGUCAGAGAUUGUCAGCACUGGCUAUGAUGAGAAUGGAUUUUUAAUGCAAAAUAUGCAGUGGUGAAUGAAGACACAACACGGGAAAGCCUUCUGUCUGCCCAACACUAAAAAGCUUUUUCAGAAUCUGGUUUUCCUUCCCCCACUACUGACCAAUCUCCCUUCAACGCAGAAGCGAGAAGUAAACUUGAAUCUCCUGGUGCCUAGAAUAUUCAUGGUCCAACCUCUUAGCAAGUACUGCGAUUAAAAAGCUAAGAACGUCGUGAAUGUUAGAAACUGGGUCGAUGCUGAUGGGCACUAACAAGUCCCAAGCCCCAGUUGUACUAAGUACCUUCUGCAUAUUUUUCACUUAGCAUAGAGGCUGUAAAUAAUGUUCUGUGUAACUAACUCGGUAUUUCCUGCUCACUCGAUGCUUCUGAGACUUACUCCAUUCCAUCAGUAGAAUCACAAGUCACUUAAACACAGGAAAGUAGUCUACUGUUUUUGUGAAACGUUCCAUUGUGAAAUAAAAGGAAAGCAAUACGUACUGCCUUUUUUGCAGUUUGCUAUUAAAGCACAGUGUCUUACAGCACAGAAUACAAAUAAACCAGAAUCGUUUAAAACGAU